AUGCGGGUUGAUUUUUCUGAGCAAAUAUUAUUGAAAGAUGUUGAAAAUAUGAUAGAAAUUAUUGAUAAAUUAAAGGAAAUUUCUAUAGGAACAAGAGAAUUUAUAAGAUAUUCUUAUCUUUAUUAUCAAAUAUUUCAUAGCAAUAAACCUUUAGAAGAUCCUACUGAUAUUCAUCUUUAA